CUGCCAUCGGCUCAUCGGCACAAACGUACUCACUGUCCUCCACUGCUUGGGCACAUCAAAACUCUCCCGAGGGCCAUAUCAUUCCGAGACAUUUGACAUUCACAAAUGCUGCUACAGUAGAUAAAUCGCCCCAAACAGGGUCCAACAGUAGACGCACAGUGAAAGCCUCAUUCUUCGGGCCAUGGUUGGUUGAUUGUCGCUGUUGAAGUGACUCCUUCGGAAUCGACUCCGCAUCCUCCGCUUUCCCCAUUGAUCAUUCCGCACAGGAUGCUGCGUAUGCUGAAGUGCGGAGCAGGUCAGCUUCCAAGGUCUAAGUACUAAAGCCUGGCAAUUCGUGCGAAAGAUCUGCUCGGCCACGGCUGCCAUGGCAGAAGAAUAUCAAUAUACUCUUUACACCUAUUUCCGUUCCUCCUGCUCUGCUCGGGUUCGGAUCGCUGCACGCAUCAAGGGUAUCCGAUUGGAAUACAAGUACAUUCACCUGGUGAAGGGCGAGCAGAAUGCAGCAGAAUACACGUCGCUGAAUCCGAGCGAGUCCGUUCCGACACUCGUUGUCACGAACACAAAAUCCGGCCAAGAGGUAGCAAAGAUUCGCCAAUCGAUCGCCAUUCUGGAAUACUUUGAGGAGUCGAGGCCGGAGUUGCCCAGGCUGCUCCCACCACCAGAGAAUUCGGCUUCUAGGGCCAAGGUUCGUGAGCUCGUGGACAUUGUGUCAUGCGACAUCCAACCUGUCACCAAUCUUAGAGUAUUGACCUUUGUCAAACAACUCAAUGUGGAGGCCAAAGUGUGGCAGCAGCACUUCAUGACCCUGGGAUUCCGAGCAUAUGAGCAACUCGCCAAAGAGUACUCCGGGAAGUACAGUGUGGGCGACCAAUUGACGCUCGCGGAUUGUGCCUUGGCCCCUGCUGUCGAUGGUGCUUUGAGGUUCGGAGUGGAUGUAGAAAGUGAUUGCCCGCAUGUAUGGAAGGUUUGGGAGAAUCUGAAGGCUGUAGAGGCUUUCAAGAAGGGCAGAUGGGACAACCAGCCAGAUACGCCAGCGGAUCUGAGGACAAGGGAAUGACAUGGUCGUACUUGGGCGAAAGAAAGCAUCUGGCAAUGAGCCCAAACUGGUUGACCCGGGUGACCUUACCUAGGUUCCU